AAGUCGAAGGUAAGAAGGCCUUCGGAUGAAAUCCUCUCUUCUUCUUCUUCUUCAUCGUGGAUAAGAUAGACUACAAGUGCAGAAAGCUGCAAACAAAUCUUCAAGAAACGAAAGGGUUUCUCAACAAUGGCGGCGUCAGCAGCAGCUCAGUGUCUCUAUCUCUCUUGUAGGUUUCAAUCCCUCUCUCUUUCUUCUCCUUCUUCUUCUUCUUCUUCUUCUUCUCGCCCCUAUGCCACCGCAUUCAAGCCUCUCACCUCCUCCGCCAACACUUCCUUCAACGCCUUCUCUACUGGAUUAGCGUCUGUAAACCCUAUAUACGGGAAGCGAGUAGGUCGGUCGAUUUCAAUCGUGUGUGAAGCCGGUGCGACGAAGAAGCCUGAUUCUGCUGCCAAGCGAGCUCGUCAGGCGGAGAAGAGACGUCUCUAUAAUAAAGCACGCAAAUCUGAGGUCAGAACUCGGAUGAAGAAGGUUUUGGAAGAGUUGGAUGUACUCAGAAAGAAAUCCGAAGCACAACAGGAGGAAGUUAUUGGUAUCGAGAAACUGAUUGCAGAGGCUUAUUCAGUCAUCGAUAAAGCAGUGCAGGUUGGAACGUUGCACAGGAACACCGGAGCUAGGAGGAAAUCCCGUCUUGCUAGAAGAAAGAAAGCUGUCGAGAUUCACCAUGGCUGGUACACACCUGCAGCUUCACCUGCAGCCACUGCUUGAUGCCAUCCUAAUGUGCCAUUGUAGAUUACUAUGUAUUUGCAGGAAAUUUUGAGCGGAAUUCGUACUCAUUGUUCACGCUAUCGUUCUAAUUGUCGUUUUACGUUUUUUAUAUCGAGGAAUUAUGAUUGGUUUGAUGGUAAAUUUGUGAUUGC